GAUGAAUCUCCAAAGAGAAACACCAACAAUCCCUGGCUUUCUGGCAGCCACGAAGACACAAGUACUUAAUAAUAAUGGUCCAACUAUAUAUGCCUUUGUGCAGUGCACAGAAACUAUCACACAAAGUGGAUGCCUCAGUUGCUUAGAUGUUGCAUACAGAAAUAUGCAGACUUGUCUUCCUACUUCAGAUGGUCGAGCUUUUGAUCAGGGCUGUUUCAUGAGAUACUCCACAACCUCAUUCUUUCCUGAUAAUUACCAGAUCGUUGACGUCACUCCCAUGGAUAAACAAGGUUCGAGCAUUAAGGGGGCUAUCAUUGGUGGAGUUGUUGGAGGAGUAUUGCUUGUUUUGGUUGCCCUUGCACUUUUUGUUUGGAUUAAACCACGUAAAAGCCCUAAAAGGGUUCCGGCUAGAGGAGACAUAACUGGUGCAAGCAAGUUGGAAGGUGCAAUUCAUUACAGUUACAUGGAUUUGAAGUACGCAACUAGAAAUUUUAGUGUAGAAAAUAAACUUGGAGAAGGAGGAUUUGGUGCAGUAUAUAAGGGAACUCUGAAGAAUGGGAAAGUAGUUGCAGUCAAGAAGUUGACUUUACGUCGUUCCAAUAAAGUGGAGGAAGAAUUUGAGAGUGAAGUGAAGCUUAUAAACAAUGUUCACCAUCGAAAUCUUGUUCGACUUCUUGGAUAUUGCAGUAAGGGUGAUGAGUGAAUUCUUGUUUAUGAAUACAUGAAAAAUACCAGUCUCGACAAAUUCUUAUUUGGUAAAAUGAAAGGUUCUCUUGGUUGGAAGCAACGAUAUAAUAUAAUUUUAGGCACUGCAAGGGGUUUGGCCUAUCUACACGAAGAAUUUCACAACCGUAUCAUACAUAGAGAUAUAAAAUCCAAUAACAUCCUCUUAGAUGAUGAUCUUCAACCUAAAAUUGCUGACUUUGGGUUGGCAAGACUUUUACCUGAGGACAAAUCUCAUCUUAGCACGAAAU